ACCGCUGUCAGAAGAGCGAGCGCAGGCGGAGCGGCGAGGCGGCUCUCCCGUUGCCGGCUACCCUCUCCGUGCUUUGGCGAGGCGCCUUGUUCGAGCACGGCCGCCUCCACACCCUCCGAGUAGGCAACGGCACAACUGGCGGUCGGGAGGGAGGUCUGUCGGUUAGACAGCCAGCCAGACGGCAGGCCGGCCGGGCUGCGCGUGCCCGGCUCAAAGAUGGCCGCCGGCAGCCUCGGCGUCCGGGGUGAGAGGUGAGAGUUGAGGGGUGAGAGCGGCGGCGGCGGCCUCCGGGAAGAUGGCAGAGAGCGAGCGGCGGGCAGGCAAUUCAGAGGAGAUGGCUCCUCCUCUCCAGCAGAGCUUCAUGAUCCCCAGGAAGGAGAUAAACAUGGUUUCUGACAUGGGCAAGUGGAAGCGCUCUCAGGCAUACGCAGAUUACAUGGGCUUCAUCCUCACCCUGAACGAAGGUGUCAAGGGCAGGAAACUGACCUGUGAAUACAACGUUUCAGAGCCAAUUGAAAAGCUGGUGGCUCUUCUGAACACCCUUGACAGAUGGAUCGAUGAAACCCCACCAGUGGAUCAACCUUCUCGCUUUGGGAACAAAGCCUUCAGGACUUGGUAUGCCAAACUAGACCAGGAAGCAGAAAAUUUGGUGGCAACAGUGAUCCCCAAACAUUUGGCCAGUGCUGCACCAGAAGUGGCCGUGUACCUGAAAGAAUCCGUGGGGAACUCUACCCGCAUUGAUUAUGGCACAGGACAUGAAGCUGCGUUUGCAGCCUUUCUCUGCUGCCUCUGCAAAAUAGGUGUUCUCAGAGUGGAUGACCAGAUGGCCAUUGUCUUUAAAGUAUUUAACAGGUACCUAGAAGUGAUGCGAAAACUUCAGAAGACCUACAGGAUGGAACCUGCUGGCAGCCAGGGCGUCUGGGGCUUGGAUGACUUCCAGUUUCUACCUUUCAUAUGGGGCAGUUCCCAGCUGAUAGACCAUCCAAAUCUAGAGCCUCGACACUUUGUGGAUGAGAAGGUGGUAAAUGAAAACCAUAAGGACUUCAUGUUCCUGGAGUGCAUCCUCUUCAUUACAGAGAUGAAGACGGGCCCCUUUGCUGAGCAUUCCAACCAGCUCUGGAACAUCAGUGCCGUACCCUCCUGGUCUAAGGUCAACCAGGGCCUCAUCCGCAUGUACAAGGCAGAGUGCCUGGAGAAGUUCCCUGUGAUCCAGCAUUUUAAGUUCGGCAGCCUGCUCCCCAUCCAGCCUGUGACAUCCUAAGGAGGCAGCGGGAGGAGCCGAAGCAGCGGAGGCGUAGCGUGGCACUCUUCCUCCUCCCCUCACCCCCUCCUCAUCACCUCACCCGUUCCACAGCCCAUCCAUUCCUGCACAUCCUCAUUGGCAACCACAGACCCAGAGCACUCGGCCUUGCACGGGAGACGGGACCUGAGCAGCUCCUCCUGCGAGCCCUGCCAUGAGGAUGUUUCACAAGUGACCGAGGGGCUGUGCUCCGCUCUGCUGCCGCGUGUGGAUCUGGGCGAGUGAAGGGGGUUCACUAGGGGCUGUCUGGCAGCAAAACCCUCUGCUUUCCUUCCUAGGAGGAAGAAGGGGGUGUGGAGGGGAGGAAGGCACGUGUGUAUGCGCUGGUAACAGCAAUUUCCCUUUUGGAAUUUCGUUGAAGUUUCCUGUUGCUGUUUGGUUUGGAAACCGUUGCAGUGGGUGAGGUGUGAGCCUGCACGUGUCUGUAAGCAGGGCACCUCUGCUUGGUUCUUAAAUGGGAAAGGGGAACUGCGGGGAGCCCAGGGUGCCACCUCUCCUUUAGCCCUAAUAAGGAAAGCCACCUCCCUCCUUCCACCCAUCUCUUCUGCAGGGGCGCCCGGCUCUUCCUUUCACAGCACCACCUCUCAUGUGAAACAAGGAGGCUGUGAGGUCUGAGCUGGUUUUAGAGCUGAGAGCCCUGGCUCUGUGGGAACAGCUGUGCAAGGACUGCUGAGUGGUACCUGCUCAGGCUCCCUCCCCUCUGUAGUUAAUGGGCACAAAGAAUCACACGUUCACAUACAUUCAUUGCUUUGUAGGGAUCAUCUGGGUCCAACCUGCCCUCUGUGCUCUCCUCUCCUCCUCCUCCUCUGUGCUUUGCUGCCCGGGGUCUGGGCUGGCCUCAAUGGCACGAGGUGGCCAUGGUUGCUACUGCUUGGUCAUAAAUUACAGCGACAGCCUUAUAGCAAUGGCUUUCCCCAUAAAGCAGCAUGUUCCUCUGCCCUUUUAGGGAGGCAUCUCUGGAGCGAAGGCAGCAUGGGGAUAAGCAUGCAGCUUAACAUGCACUUAUGUACCUGUGCUGGAAACAAAAAGCAUAAUUAGCCCAGGACAGCAGGUUUUAUCUGGAGAAAGCUCUCUUCCCUCUAUCAUUCCCUGCUGGUGCUUCCCAGGCAGCAGGACCACGCUUCCAGUGCCAGCAGCAGCUUGGAGGUAGGAGAAUGAAUGGAGCCAUGGUCCUGAUCAGCACCAGCAUCGCUCAGAGGGCAGAAAUAUCUGGAGCUGUUGUGUCCAUAUGUCUUGGCUGAGGUGGCCUACAAACCUGGGGAGGGGAGAUCUUAGGGUUCCCAGGCUGGGUUUGGCAGGGGAUGAGCUCUGGCUGGGGCUGGAGGCAGCUGUGUCCCUUCUCUGAUUGCUUGCCUUUUGCUGAUGCAUUGCUAAAUAAGAGGAAGCGAGGAGCAGGUGGCUGCAGAGCUAAAGCAGAGCUUUCUGCCAUUGUCCUGAGCUGGGUGGGACAGGGCACGGAUCUGAGCUGCCUCAACCAACUAUAGAUGUGCGUUUUAAAUAAUGAAAGACUCAAGUCUUGUUCUAAUCUCAAAUUGUUAACGAGAUGUGUGUCAUCUUGGCUUUACAAGUGGGAAUAGGGCUGGAGCCCUGCGCUUGCUGGGAGCCUGCUUCUGGUGGAGGAGACCUCAGGCUCUUCCUUCUGCAUCCCCUUUCCUUGCUGUGUGGCUUCUGGCAAGUGUCACCACGCUGUAACUGGCUGCAUGGCAUCUGGCUGGUGAGGGCUGAGCUAAAGCCUGUGGCUUCCCAAACCUGCCCAAGGGCUGGGGACACAUCUCUCCCAGUAAUCCUACGGAAACGGGGCUUCCAUGCAAAAGGAUGGGUGGAAAUGUCGACAUCCACUCCCUAUGUAGUGGGAGGGACACCCAGAAUAUGAAAUACAGCACCAAAAAAGGGUGGGGAGAUGCUUCCUUCCCCUGCAGCCGCUCUGCAGGGAUGGUGUCCCUGGGUUGGGAUCCACCAAGGAGGUGGGGAGAGGCUCACGGGUAGCUCUUGCUUGCCUGAAUCUGUGCUUCUGUUCUGCUGGGGCUUUGUGGACUUGGAGCAGCUCAUUCUUGUCUUGCACCGUGCGAGAUGGAUCUCUGUAGGUGGCUCCUGGCUGCUCGCCUCCGUCCAGCUCCCAGCAGUAAGCAUGGGCUCUCGGGCUCAGCUCUUCUCCCACAGCUCUGCCAUCAGCAGCGCCUGGGGCCGGAGCGUUUCCCCCCUCAAUCCCCCCCCAACAUUGUGGUUUUAAUUAAAGUCUCUGUUUUGCACCA